AUGGCGCCCACCGGACUUACCUUCAAGGACGUCCAAGUAUGGGCAUUGCAAGACUUCCCUGAUCACUUCAAGCACCUUCCUGAUUCGAACGCAUUUCAUGUACAGUUCAACGUCGUCCGUGGGUACAAUCAUGACAAAAAUUUCAGAAGCCUCGUCAUAGGCAGCACCUAUACCAAGACCGGAAAGCCAGCGGAUAUCCUGGCAUGGCUUGCAGGUAGCCGUAUACAGCUUGGGUAUAUUGGCAAGAAUCGGAAGGGAGAGCCUCAAGUUCGUCCACUAGCUUCUGUCGAGAAGGACACCUCGUCUUCGAACUUCAAGUUUCCGUUCAACCUAGUUCCACCAACCCAAAGCGAGACAGAAAUUGCGUGUUUCAACGCGGUGUUACGCUAUUACUUCCUCGCCAAAGGUUGGAGUAAAGGCGUGAUCGACGAGUCGGAUGUCUUCAACAGAUUCGUAUCCAGGUUCCCUUACGCUUGCCGGGCUAUCGCAAACGCGGCCGCGGAACCGGUUCCGAGCUCACACGCGCAUUGUCCCGAGAGGGCUCCCUACCUUUUCGAGCAGAUUGCCAACGAUCUACUCCCAAGCAGCUCGUAUACUGUGCUCAGCAGCCCGUCGCCCAGUCCGCCGCCGAUUGAGGGUCAUAUCACGCCCCAGGUACUGCGCUCCCCACUUGAGCUGCAGACUCGAUUCGGAUGUCCACAACCAGACAGUCCUGGUGGGGACCAGAUGGCGGCACUCGAUGAAUCGAACAAUGCCGGCGAGCGAGACAGCCCCGGGCUACGAAACAAGCUUUUCGAUCUCAACAUCCAAAUCAUGAUUGCGGAGGGUCGCACUCGGGAUGCCGAGACAGUAGCGCAGAAAGCUCAAGAAGAGUCACAACUCUGGAAGAAAAGGUACGAAGAAGCCGAGUUGUACAGAAUCAAAUAUGAGGAGAUUCGUAGCCACUUUGGAUUGCAGGAGCAGGAUGAACGCAGAGCCUGA